AUGUCUGAAGUAAUAUCUAAAAUUUCAGAUAAAUUGAAAUCUUUAGAAAAAGAGCUUGAACUAGUUGAAGCUAAGACAGAAUCUAGUGAAUUUUUCAAUUUAGGUUCAUUAGAAAUGCUUU